AUGAAAGUGUUAAAUAAAACCAUUCAAGAACAUGGUGGAAUUGAUGUAGUUGUAAAUAACAUUGGUUAUGGUUUAUUGGGUGUUGUCGAAGAGUUAUCAGUAGAAGAUAUUCAAAACAUUUAUGAAGUCAAGGUAUUUGGUGAAUCAAAUGUAUUAAGACACACAAAUCCAUAUCUCAGAGCACAAGGUUCUGGUUUAGUUUUAAACAUAUCAUCUUACCUUGGAUACUCUGCCCUUGGAGCAUUUUCACAAUCAUUACACAAUCAAUAUUCUUUUAAUGGAAAUGAAAACCAAAGUUUAUACGAAGAAAUAUUUCUAUCAACUUGGGCAAAAUAUGAUUGUGGUAGACCAACUUCAAUUCGAUAUAUCCAAUUCGAUGAUAAUUAUUAUCAAAAACACAAAAAAAAUUAUGAUACUUUAAUAAUACCAAAAAAUGAGAAGAUAUUAUUUCAUGGUACUCCAAAUACAUGUUUAAUUAUAAAUUGUGGAAGAUGUAGUGCAUGUGGUAUAAAAGAAUCUGGUUUUAAAAUUUCAUUUAGCGGUAAAAAUAUAUCUUUUUCAAGAUUUGGAAGAGGUAUCUAUCUUGCACCCAAUUCAUCAAAGGCCAAUGAUUAUAACAAUAAUCAAAACUUCAAUUAUCGUUGUACUAUUGUUUCAAAAGUAAAUCUUGGUAACUCUGUUAGAUUGUUUAACACGAAUCAACAAAUUUCCCUUCCAAAUGGAUAUCAUUCAGUUCAUGGUCAAGCUGGAUUUGAUUUAAAUUAUGAUGAAUAUGUUGUAUAUAAUGAAAAACAAGUUUUACCAAUUGGUGUAUUUAUAUAUGUAAUUUCAUAA